AUGGAUACCACGGCCAAGGAGAUUGAGCUCGCUGAAGCCGACGCUGCCGCGCAGGCAUCUUCAUAUGGCAACGAAAAACCCAGAAGAUCGGCCGAAGUAGAUAGACCUGGCUCAUCUGGGACGACUGGCUCGUCCUCGGGGUCCAGUAGCUCCAUUGACUACGAUCCGCAGUUUCACAGACUCCAGUCGCGAAACACAGAGCUGGACCUAGAGCGCAACCGAACCAAUGUUUCUCGGACGCUUAGCCGAAUUGAAACCCAACGCCUUCAGCAUCAGCUCACGGUCGGUGAGAGCGUCAAGUCGCGUGCCUCCAAAGUACCAUUGCCGGCCUUUGGUGGCGGCAAGCCAUACCCUCCACCGCUACCCAACCGAGAUGAUUAUGUUGUAGAAUUUGAUGGGCCAGAUGAUCCUAUGUAUCCCAAGAACUGGUCCACCAAAACCAAGAUCUACAUCACCGCUAUGCUUGCCUUUACCAGUAUUUGCUCGACUUUCGAUUCCGCGGUGUUUAGCGCUUCAUCGGAAAACGUUGCGUCACACUUUCACGUCAGUCUGGAGGUCUCUGUCUUAUCUAGCACCUUGUACAUUGCCGGUUAUGCCUCGGGUCCUUUGAUCUGGGCACCCUUGUCAGAGCUCAAGGGACGUCGCCCAGGUAUCGUCUUUGCCAUGCUGGGAUUUGGAAUUUUCAACACCGCGGUUGCAUGUUCGAAGGAUAUUCAGACCCUCAUGAUCUGUCGCUUUUUCUGCGGUAUCUUUGGUAGUUCACCGCUGGCUGUCGUGGCCGCAGUCUUCUCUGACAUCUACGAUAACCGCACCCGUGGUAUCGCUAUCGCAUUCUUCUCCGGCACAGUCUUUUUGGGACCUCUCAUUGCCCCAUUCAUUGGUGGAUUUAUCAACAUGUCAUACCUGGGUUGGCGCUGGACCGCCUGGAUCCCCGCGUUCAUGGGUUAUGCGGCCUUCAUUAUGAACCUCUUCUUCCUGAAAGAGUCCUACCCACCUGUCGUUCUAAUCGAAAAGGCCGCGGAAUUACGACGCCGAACAAAGAACUGGGGAAUUCAUGCCAAACAGGAAGAAAUCGAGGUCGACUUCCGGGAGCUGAUUGUCAACAACUUCUCGCGUCCUCUUAAGCUUCUUUUCUACGAGCCCUUGAUUUUGGCUGUUACGAUUUACUUGAGCUUCAUCUACGGCCUGCUUUACUGUUUCCUGACUGCUUACACCGUCGUAUUCGAAGGCGUGUACGGUUUCAACGGUGGUGAAAGUGGUCUGCCUUUGUUUGGUAUGGUAGUUGGUCUGUUCAUCGCCGCAUCCUACGUUAUCUGGUCUUCGAAGGGAUAUAACCGAAAGCUGGACGCCAAUGGCGGUAUGCCUAUUCCCGAAUGGCGUCUGCCCCCAGUCAUUGUUGGAGGUGUUCUUUUCGCCGCUGGACUUUUCUGGUUCGGAUGGAGUGGGUUCAGCGGCACUGUCCACUGGAUUGUCCCUACUUUGAGUGGACUGUUCACAGGAUUCGGACUAUUGAUCAUUUUCAUUCAAUUGUUCAACUACCUCAUUGAUACCUACCUCAUGUUCGCUGCGUCGGCCAUUGCUGCAAACACUUUCUGUCGGUCUAUGGUGGCAGCGAGCUUUCCCCUCUUUUCACGACAAAUGUUCGACAACAUGGGCAUUCAAUGGGCUUCAACUCUCCUCGGAUGCUUAGCAGCUGUGCUGGUCCCUAUUCCCAUUGCAUUCUACUUCUACGGCAAGAAGCUAAGAAUGAAGAGCAAAUUUGCUCCAUUCUUCGAGCCUGCCGCAGAGGCAGCUUCCGGCGAGGACGUGAUUGAAGAAAACUGA